GGCGCACUGGUCAGCGCGCCGAGCUCUGCGCGCCCCCCUGCCCUGCCCGGCCCGGCCUGGCCCGGCAGAGCCCUCUUCCGCCUUCCCUCCCUCUCCAGUCCUUCCUCUCUGGCGGCCGCCGCCGGUCGGACCAUGGCGCUGGGCUGCCCGGGGCUGGGGCUCCUGCUGCUUUUGCUGCUGCUGCUGGGGCCCGGGCAAUUGCGGGCCAAGCCCACGGUGCGCAAGGAGCGCGUGGUACGGCCCGACUCGGAGCUGGGCGAGCGGCCCGCUGAGGACAACCAGAGCUUCCAGUACGACCACGAGGCCUUCCUGGGCAAGGAGGAGGCCAAGACGUUUGACCAGCUCACCCCCGAGGAGAGCAAAGAGCGGCUGGGAAAGAUUGUCGGCAGGAUAGAUAGUGAUGGAGAUGGCUUCGUCACCACGGAGGAGCUGAAAACGUGGAUCAAACGAGUGCAGAAACGGUACAUCUAUGAAAACGUGGCGAAAGUCUGGAAAGAUUAUGAUCGGAACAAAGACGAUAAGAUUUCCUGGGAAGAAUAUAAGGAGGCGACAUAUGGCUACUACCUGGGGAACCCAGAAGAGUUUCAAGAUGGAUCUGAUAAACACACUUUUAAGAAGAUGCUGCCCCGUGAUGAGAGGAGGUUCAACAUGGCCGACCUCAAUGGUGACAAAGUGGCUACUAGGGAGGAAUUCACUGCCUUCUUGCACCCAGAGGAGUUUGAGCACAUGAGAGAUAUUGUAGUCUUGGAGACAUUGGAAGAUAUCGACAAGAAUGGUGAUGGGUUUGUGGAUCAGGAUGAGUACAUUGCUGAUAUGUUUGCCCACGAGGAGAACGGCCCAGAGCCAGACUGGGUGGCCACUGAACGAGAGCAGUUUGCAGAUUUCCGGGACUUGAACAAGGAUGGGAAGAUGGACAAAGAGGAAAUCCAGCACUGGAUCCUUCCCCAGGAUUAUGACCAUGCCCAAGCAGAAGCUAGGCAUUUGGUGUAUGAGUCAGACCAGGACAAGGAUCAGAAGCUAACCAAAGAAGAAAUACUGGAGAACUGGAACAUGUUCGUCGGCAGCCAGGCUACCAACUAUGGGGAAGACCUCACAAAGAAUCAUGAUGAGCUUUGAUGCUCCCACUACGUAGAAUCUCAGACUUUGGCCAAUUUCCUUGCUGGUUGCCACAGUUGUGAUGGUCUCCUCGUUUGCACCGGUGUAUCCCCAAACAAGCAGUUUUAUUACCUCAACAUAGGGAAGGAGAAUAGUCUGUUACCUGGGAUUUCACCCAAAGAGAUUUAGUCCUCAUUCUUGUCCUAGUUAGAUUUCUCUUAAAAUGUUUUUCGUUCUGUGUAGAUGGCAGUGUUGUUUGGGGAAUGUACUUUGACAACUCAACUCUCUUAAAGGGUUUUUUCUUUGAUUUUUUUUUCUGAAAUAGAAAGAAUUACAUUUUGAUAGGGCCAGACAUUCCACCAGAUCCCUAAGAAGUGGAAGGGGUGCGGUUCAGGAUGAACUUGGGUUUGGACAACCCAGGAAAGGAAAAGAAAGCUCUCAGGAUAAGUGAUGGUCAUCCUCCUCAUUGCAGAUCACUUCCUUUGGAAAUCUCUCCUCCUUCUGAACUUGAUAACAUCAGCUGUUACUGUAAAUGGUCUUUAUAAUCCUUAUUUUUUUGUUCUGUGCCGACCUGUUAAUGUACACAAUAAACCCACCAUUUUUAAAAAACAAUAAUUCAAGGGUGGGUAGACAAAGGUGGGAAAAGAUUAAGUGGCUCUUUGAGCUUCAGCCUGCAUAUAUUUUGAAUUUUUUUUCCAAGUCUGAGGAAUUCCCCAAUGGGGAAACUCCAUUUUUCCAGGCAAAUCCAGCCAUCCUACUGUGAUUUAAGGUUUCCCAGGGCACUAGGAAAUUAAGUAACUCGCCCUGAGUGCCUCAGUAAUCAGCAGAGGCAGCUCCGUCUAAUGGCCAGUGCCAGUUCUCUGUGCACUGCUGUAUUGUCUCUCAAGCAUUCUAAUGAACAAGGAAAUGGCUAGCUCCCUUAGUUUCUUUUUCUUUUUUUACAUAACGAAGAAGAUUUUUUCUGAGGUUCUACUGAGUCUUAGAUGUGAAUGAAGGCUUGGUUGUGCAGUGGGUGACGAGGCCAGCAGAACCAGGGAGAACAUAGAUGGGAGUUUGGAAUUCCCAUCUGGUUGUAUGUCAGAAGCAAACGCAAUAAAGGAGCCUGAUAGGAACA